AUUGAGAUGAGUUCAUUUAAACAUGGAGUAUUUAUUUUAAUUUUACUUUCAACCUGUGGAGGAGAAAAAACAAUUAGAUCAAGUCCAUUAAAAAAUAUAACAGCAUAUACAAACUGUUCUCAAAAAUGGUUUGAUAAAGAAAUGCUGGGAUCAAAAACAAUAUGUUCAUCUGGUAGUAUGGUAAGUAGUUUAGCUAUGAUAUUAUAAUCAAGUAGUAGAACAAUAAAUAGUAGGCCUGUUAAUCCAGAAGUUUUGAAUAGGUAUUUGAUAACAAAAAAUGGGUAUAAAGAAGAUGGUGAGAUUAAUUUUGCUGUUUUGAAUGAAAUUGGCUUACAUUUGGUAAGAACUGUCUCAGAUCUUGGCACAGCAAUGGGUAUCAUUUUAGUUAAAUUUAGAAUAUUACAAGAAUGACUUUUACAUAGUAUUGAACUUAAAUUUCGGAAAAAACUAUGGCGUUUUGAUAGGAUACAAAGAAAUAGAUAAUUAGAUAACUUAAUAUAUCAUAAAUAACCCAAUUAAACCUAGUGAAAAUAUUAUUGAUCCAAAAGAUAUCACUGUGGCCUUAAUAUUUAGAGUUGUUUGACAAUAUCAAUAAGACAAUAACAG